AGAAGAAUGAAGUAUACGCACUGUGUGACGCUGACGCUGCUGCUGGCAGCUUACCUGCUGCUGCUGCCGCCGCCCUGCGAGGCACGUGGCGGGCGUGGUCGCGGUGGUGGCUCGUUUGGCGGUUUGUUUGGCGGCUGGCGCAGUAAGUACGGCAGCAAGUCAUCCUCAUCGGGUGGCGGACGCCGCGUGCUGACGGUCGCUGUGCAUACGCAUGCCAUGCCCAAACCGCCGCCACCGCCGCCGCCACAAGUGAAGCCAAUGAAUAUGCCAAAGCCGCAAGCCGGCGGCUAUCCACGUCAGCAACUGCCGCAGGGUCAGGGCAUGUUCUAUUCAAACGCACAGGCGUUGCCCCACGGCGCUGUCUACUACGCACAGCCGCCCACAUCGAUGCUGGGAGGUUCAGGCAUGAAUGGCUUCCUUACGGGCAUGCUGGCUGGUCGACUGAUGGACAGCGUGCUCUUUGGCCAUAGGCAUCAUCAUGGCUCGCAUGUUUAUCAGCAAAACCAGCAAGUGCAGACGGAAGCAGCUGCGGGCAGUGGUCGUGAUAUCGUUAUUAUCAAUAAUGGUCAAGGGGAGCAGCAGCAAGCGCAAAGCACAAACCACGCAGCAGAGCAAACAAAGCUGGAGGAAAAUUCCGCUGCUGAGGCAGCGCCACCUGUUGGCGGCUUAAUGUGCUUUCCCAUCAUGCUAAACGAAACGGAUGCCAACAAUUCAAACUUAAUGGUUGAGGUUGAACGCAUUGUUUGCAUUCCAGCUCCAGCUCCAGCGCCCGAGCUGAAGCCUGAGGAUUGUCAAGGCGACUUGCAGUGUCUGCUGGAGCAGAGUUUGGACAUUAGCACCACAGAGCCACCAAUUGUUGCAGGCGAUAUUGGUGGCGCUGCUGAGGAACAUGCGGAGCAGCUGGAAGUGACAACGCUGCUGCCCGUUGUAGCUGCUGAUUAAAUUUAAACUUAGCACUUAGGCAUAGCAUUUAAUUUAAGCUUGCGUUCCAUACAAUAAAAAGCUUUAUUUAAGCUUGGA